CACAAUUCUUCCGGUACAACAAGGAAGAGUGGAAUCGGAGAGAUGUGAUACCGCUAACUUGCUAAUAAUGUAGCUAUUGUUUCGUUGUGUAUCUAUAUUAAUAUAUUUGGCCUUUUACAAUGUCAGAAUCGCCAGAUACACGCAGUUUGGUUUCUGCGUCAUCCCAGCUCAAUUUAAUGGAAAUAGAUACGAUCGACGAUAAAGAGUUUGACAUUCCCCAAGUUGACACCCCGCCUACCCUGGAGAGCAUCCUGAAUGAGCCUGAGGAUGAGGAGGAGCCCUUCAUCCUGGAGGACACGUGUCUGCUGAACACAGAGAACAUCGACGCCCACUCCUGUGAGACCUCCUCACUGGCCAGCUCUGACAGCGGAGACCGCACCCACCUCAAACGGAAGAGGAAGACAGUGGAGCUCAGCACUACAGUCCAUGGCUCUGUGCUCCGACACAGCAUCCUGAAAGGCAUCUCUGCUCAGAUAGUCUCAGCCGCUGACAAAGUAGAUGCUGGACUGCCAACUGCAGUAACUGUGUCUGGUGUGAUCGUAGUGGGAACGUCUCAUGGCCUGGCUCUAGUGUUUGAUCUGAACCAGGCUCUCCGUUUGUGCUUGGGAAGCACGGCGACAGGGGCGGAGUUCGGAGCCGUCUCCGCCCUCAGCAUCAACCACGACUGCACCCGGCUGCUCUGUGGCUUCGCCAAGGGACAUAUCACCAUGUGGGAUCUGGCCAAUGGGAAGCUUCUGCGAACCAUUACCGACGCCCACCCACCCGGCACCGCCAUCUUACAUGUGAAGUUCACCGAUGACCCUACGCUGGCAGUGUGCAACGACAGCGGUGGCUCUGUGUUUGAGCUGGCUUUCAGGAGGUUGAUGGGGAUGCGUACAUGUGAGUCUCGUUGUCUGUUCAGUGGCUCUAAGGGAGAGGUGUGUAAUGUGGAGCCUCUCCUUACCGCGGACCUGAAGGAUCACCCCAUCACACAGUACUCUCUCCUGGCCAUGGCCUCUCUUACUAAGAUUCUAGUGAUCGGACUGAAGCCUUCUCUCAAAGUGUGGAUGACAUUUCCCUAUGGCAAGACGGACCCGACCAGUGUUCCCCAGCUGGCCUGGCAGUUUGUCCCCGUUCAGAAGGUGGUCAACCCCGUCCUGGCAUUCUGCAGAGGAGACACCGUACACUUCCUGCUGGUGAAGAAGGAUGAGACCGGAACCAUCCAUGUCAUCAAGCAAAGACAUCUGCAGCUGACCUGUGACAUCAUCAGUCUGAAUUGGAUCAACAGUCGUACCCUGGUGGUGAUGGACAGUGGGGAGAAGCUGCGUGUAGUGGACCGACCCAGCCAGGAGGAGCUGGAGAGCUUGGACGUGGCUGAGGUGCAGCUGGUCUACAACAGCAGCCAUUUUAAAUCGCUGGCAACGGGGGGAAACGUCAGCCAGGCACUGGCCCUAGUAGGAGAGAAGGCCUGCUAUCAGUCUAUCUGCAGCUACGCAGGACAGAUGGUGUUACUGGGGACCAAGUCAGCCCACAUCCUGACUCUGAGGAACUGGAGGGAGCGGGUGGACUGUCUGUUGAAACAGGAACGUUUUGUUGAGGCUCUGUCCUUGGCCUGGUCCUUCCAUGAGGGCACCGCCAAGGCUAUACUGGGGCUGUUUGGGGACCCAGCAAAGAGGAAAGGUGUAGUGGCAGACAAGAUGAUUGAGAUUCUGUUCCAGUAUGUGGAGCGCUCAGUGAAGAAAUGUCCAGAACACGGCAAGAUACAGCUCAUGGAACAACAUUUCCAGGACAUGGUGCCUGUCAUGGUAGAUUACUGUCUGCAGCUGCAGAGGACAGACCUACUGUUUAACCAGCUGUAUACCCGCCUGGUGGAGAACUGUGUGGCUCGGGGGGUCUUCCUGGAGAGUUUGGAACCCUACAUCGUGUCGGAGCGUCUGGGCUGUGUGACCGCUCCCGUCAUGAGAGACCUGCUGACCCACCUACAGGAUAACAACAUGAUGGACAGUGUAGAGAACUGUCUGAUACAUCUGGACAUCACCAGCCUCGACAUACAACAGGUGGUCCAGAUGUGUUGGGACAACCAGCUGUAUGAUGCCAUGAUCUACGUGUUCAACAGGGGAAUGAAUGACUACAUCACCCCUAUGGAGAAACUCUUCCAGGUCAUUGGCCCCCCGCUGAGAGAAGGCAGGGCCCUCACAGAUGAACAGGUGGUGAUGGGUAACAAGCUGCUCGUUUAUAUCAGCUGCUCUCUGGCAGGCCGGGCCUAUCCACUAGGAGACAUCCCAGGGGACCUGGUGUCUCAAGUCAAGAACCAGGUGUUUGAGUUCCUAAUCAGGCUCCACUCUGCGGAGGCGGGUCAGGAGGAGGAGUUGUACCCUUACAUCAGAACCCUGGUCCACUUCCACACGCCAGAGUUCCUCAACGUUCUGGCCCUGACGUUGGAGGACUUUAAGAAUGACAAGCAGGCUCUGGAAUACCAGCAGAGGAUUGUAGACAUUUUACUGAAGGUGAUGGUGGAGAACAGUGACUUCACUCCCUCUCAGGUGGGCUGUCUGUUUACCUUCCUGGCCCGCCAACUGGCCAAACCUGACAACACACUCUUCGUCAACAGGAAGCUCUUCGAUCAGGUUCUGGAGUUCCUGUGUGGUCCAGGCGACGACUCCAGACACACAGAGAGACAACAGGUGCUGUUGGAGCUGCUGCAGGUGGGAGGUGUGGUCCAGUUUGAUGAGGGACGACUACUGGGACUGGCUGAGAAGGCAGAGUUCUACCAGAUCUGUGAGUUUCUGUAUCAGCAGAAGCAUCUGUCUGAUAAGAUUCUGGACUGCUACCUCAGAGACCCUCUGAGAAAGGAAGAGAUCUUUAACUACAUCCACAACCUGCUGUCCAUGCCUGGCUACAGCUCAGAGGAGAAACGCUGUGUCUGGGAGAAGGCCCUGCUGCACAUUGCGGAGCUGGUGACCCUUGACCCUGCCAAGUCAGCUGACCUGGUGGCCAUGCAUUUCCCUGAGGAAGUACGACCCAUCAUCACCAGACUACAGGAUGAUCACCUAGUGUUCCAGUUCCUGAGGUGUCUUUUGGACCAGAGUGCUACCUCUAGGGAAGGCCCUCAACCCCAGGCUCUCCUAAGACUGAGCCCCGACCUGCAUGAGCUCCACAUCGGCUUGCUGUGCCGCUUCACUCCCCGGCAGCUCACUGACUUCCUCAAGGCCUCUCAGGACUACAGACUAGAGGAGGCCGUCCAGAUAACAGAACAGUACCAGGUCCAUGAAGCUACAUCCUAUCUGUUGGAAAAGAAAGGUGAUUCUCAUGGAGCCUUCCAGGUCCUGAUGAAGACGCUGAAGGACAAACUCAGCGCUGUCACCUCAGAGAAAAGGAGUGAAGAGGAGGGGGAGACCGAGAGGGAGGAAGAGAGUCCACUGCAGAGAGUGGAGGGGUCAUUGGUUGACAUCAUCGCUCUGUGUCACAGGAGCUCCCAGAGUCUCAACCAAGAACAGAGAGGGGUGCUGUGGUUCCCUCUGCUAGAAGCUAUGAUGUCACCACAGAAGCUGCUCAAGGGACCGGACACACGCACUACAUCAGAGGUAUUGAAGGAGCUCACCAUGAAGGUCCUGAACAGUAUGAGUAGCUUCAUCCCCCUGCCUGCUAUCAUCCAGCGCAUUCUACAGGACCCUGUGUAUGGGAAAGGAAAGUUGGCUGAGAUACAAGGCCUUAUUCUGGGUAUGCUGGAGACCUUCAACUAUGAACAGGUAACAGUGUGUGUGUCUGUUGUUAACUUACAGAAGG